AAUGCUCAGGAUUCAGCCAAAGAUUUGCAAAAUAAAUGCUUUAAAAUGGUCGAGCAAGUGAUCGAAAAGCCUUUUAACAGUUCGACUCUGACUGAAAGUGGUGGAUUAGAGAAUACCCCACCGCUCCAGGACCAGAAACGCGACGAGAAUCCUCAAGACUCGGGCAAAGACCCGCGGAAAACAUGCACCCCAGAUAGGCUCAAACUCUCCAAAGCCUUCAAUUAUCCUGAAAGGUACAGAAGUCCGACUGAUUCCAUUAUGUCGCCUGUUACUAAAGGUAUUCUUGCAAGAAACAGGAAAGCUGGAGGUUCACUAUUACCACCUAGUAUAAAUCAAACCAAGAUUCAUGAAUUGCCUGCUCAAGAUGUUGGUCUUUCUCAGAACUGAACAACUCACGGUUGCUGUUUUAAAAAAACCAGAUAGAU